AUGGCGAGGAACUCCAACAGCAAAAACGACCGGAGGAACCGCAAGUUCAAGGAGGCGGAGCGGCUCUUCAGCAAGUCCUCGGUCACCUCGGCAGCAGCGGUCAGUGCAUUAGCUGGAGUUCAGGACCAGCUCAUUGAGAAGCGGGAGCCCGGCAGCGGCACAGAAAGUGACACCUCCCCAGACUUUCACAACCAGGAGAAUGAGCCCAGCCAGGAGGAUGCUGAAGAGCUGGAUGGGUCUGUGCAGGGGGUGAAACCCCAGAAAGCUGCUUCCUCUACUUCUUCUGGGAGCCACCACAGCAGCCACAAAAAACGGAAGAAUAAAAAUCGACACAGGAUUGAUCUCAAGUUAAACAAAAAGCCAAGAGCCGUAAGUAUCAGUGCUCUGUCGUUGUUUUCAUUGAUCACCUCUAGACUUGAGUGGCUGACUGACUCCUAAUCUUGAGAAGCCGCCCUCUGUUGUAAUUUAAGAUCUUGUUUUCAUGGGUGAGGAACACCGCGGUACGAAAUAAGCAUUGUCUUGUGGAUUUAAUAGUGAAUAAGCCCAGGUAGGCUCGUUAUGAAGCCAGGUCACAGUUAACUCCCACGCACUCCUAAAAAGCUGUUUUGCAUCCUGUUGUCCUGUCAUGAGCUGGAACGUUAAAAGCGUCUGGUUGGAGUUGAUGCGUUCUUGAACUAAGGUUUUGAAGGGUCCUUGCUUUUGAAUGUUUAGCUACAAGAAAAAAAAAAAAAUCUCUUUUCUGUUUUGCCUGCAACUAACGGCAUGUAGAAAAGAGGGGAGACUGAGAAUCCCAGCCCUGCAAGCGGAACUGAGGGUAGGAAGGUCGUAAUGCGCCUGUCCUUUCCUUUCU